AUGGUGAAAAACUACGCUAUAAAGAGGGAAGAUACAUGCAUGAUGGAAGCAUAUGAAGUCAAAAUGAAAUCAAGAAAAGGGAGGAGGCCUUCAAUGGCCUCUCUCAUUGUAUCUCUUAUUGUAGUAAUAGUUUCUUUAAGCUAUCCUUUACCAAUAACCGCAGAAUUGAAACCAUAUGAGCCAUUUAACCAUCCCAUCCACGCUAAGCCGCCACCGCCACCUCCAAAGUCUCCUCCUCCUCCUCCAUCAUCCAACCUCUUUAGUUUACCAUUACCGCCACUUUUUCCAGGAACUCCUAAGUCGCCUUCCCCUCCUAAGUCACCCUCUCCCCCACCACCUAAGGGAAAGCAAAAGAAAAAGUCGUCGUCACCUCCCAAGGAAAAGGGAAAGAAAAAGAAAAAGAAAAAGGGAAAGGAAAAAUCGCCACCGCCUCCCAAAGAAGACGAAAAGGAAAAGUCACCCCCACCUCCUGAGGAAAAAGAAGAGUCACCCCCACCUCCUGAGGAAACAGAAAAGUCGCCACCACCUCCUGAGGAAACGGAAAAGUCGCCCCCACCUCCUAUGGGAAAUGAAAAGUCACCCCCACCUCCCAAGACAGGGCCCGAUCUUCCAAUUAAAAUACCUAAUCCACCAAUUGCAUUACCUAAACUACCUGGACUACCUACAGUACCAUCGCCUCCACAGUCUCCUCCACCAACACCGUCAUUGUCUAUCAAAGGAAUUAUUUUUCCACCCGCAGCACCAAUUUUACCACCUCUUGUGCCAGGGCUAGCACCAGGGCUACCUCCCCUUCCAUUACCUGAUCCAAUACCUAAACCACCACCAGGUGUUUUACCACCUCCUGUGCCAGGGCUAGCACCAGGGCUACCUCCGCUUCCAUUACCUGAUCCAGUACCUAAACCACCACCAGUCAUUCAUGGAAAGUCACCACCAUCUCCUCCAAAGUCUCCUCCGCCAACACGACCAUUGUCUAUCCAUAUUCCCAUUUUGCCACAUGUACCACCAAUUUUACCACCUCCUGUGCCAGGGCUAGCACCAGGGCUACCUCCCCUUCCAUUACCAAAUCCAAUACCUAAACCACCACCAGGUUCUUUACCACCUCCUGUGCCAGGAGUAGCACCAGGGCUACCUCCCCUUCCAUUACCUGAUCUAAAACCUAAACCACCACCAUCAUCGCCACCUCCAGAGUCUCCUCCACUAACAUCAUCAUUCUCCAUCCAAGGUGCUAUUUUGCCACACAUACCACCAGUUUUACCACCUCCUGUGCCAGGGCUAGCACCAGGGCUACCUCCUCUUCCAUUACCUGAUCCAAUACCUAAACCACCACCAGGUACUUUACCACCUCCUGUGCCAGGGCUAGCACCAGGGCUACCUCCCCUUCCAUUACCUGAUCUAAAACCUAAACCACCACCAUCAUCGCCACCUCCAGAGUCUCCUCCACUAACAUCAUCAUUAUCCAUCCAAGGUGCUAUUUUGCCACACAUACCACCAAUUUUACCACCUCCCGUGCCAGGGCUAGCACCAGGGCUACCUCCCCUUCCGUUACCUGAUCCAAUACCUAAACCACCACCAGGUGCUUUACCACCUCCUGUGCCAGGGCUAGCACCAGGGCUACCUCCCCUUCCAUUACCUGAUCUAAAACCUAAACCACCACCAUCAUCACCACCACCAGAGUCUCCUCCAUCAACACCACCAUUGUCCAGCCACGGUCCUAUUUUUCCACACAUACCACCAAUUUUACCACCUCCCGUGCCAGGGCUAGCACCAGGGCUACCUCCCCUUCCGUUACCUGAUCCAAUACCUAAACCACCACCAGGUGCUUUACCACCUCCUGUACCAGGGCUAGCGCCAGGGCUACCUCCCCUUCCUUUACCUGAUCUAAAACCUAAACCACCACCAUCAUCGCCACCUCCAGAGUCUUCUCCACCAACACCACCAUUGUCUAUCCACGGUCCCAUUUUGCCACACAUACCACCAAUUUUACCACCUCCUGUGCCAGGGCUAGCACCAGGGCUACCUCCCCUUCCAUUACCUGAUCUAAAACCUAAACCACCACCAUCAUCGCCACCUCCAGAGUCUCCUCCACUAACAUCAUCAUUAUCCAUCCAAGGUGCUAUUUUGCCACACAAACCACCAGUUUUACCACCUCCUGUGCCAGGGCUAGCACCAGGGCUACCUCCCCUUCCAUUACCUGAUCCAAUACCUAAACCACCACCAGGUACUUUACCACCUCCUGUUCCGGGGGCAGCACCAGGGCUACCUCCCCUUCCGUUACCUGAUUUAAAACCUAAACCACCACCAUCAUCAUCACCGCCAGAGUCUCCUCCGUCAACACGAUCAUUAUCAAUCCAAGGUGUUAUUUUCCCACAUGUACCACCGAUUUUACCACCUCCUGUGCCAGGGCUAGCACCAGGGCUACCUCCACUUCUGUUACCUGAUCCAAUACCUAAACCACCACCAGGUGCUUUACCACCUCCUGUUCCGGGGGCAGCACCAGGGCUACCUCCCCUUCCAUUACCCGAUCCAAUACCUAAACCACCACCAGGUGGUUCACCAUCAUCACCUCCACCACCAACACAAUAUAUUUAUGGCAAUUCUCUACCAAAACCUCUUAAUUCAUCAGCACCACCAAAAUACAUUCAUGCAACGUCUCCACCAUCAUCUCCUAAGUCUCAUCCACCACCUCAAACCUUCCAUGGUAUUAUUGAUCCACUUCCAGCUCCACCACUACCUCUAAUGCCACCACCCGUCCCACUACCACCUCCUGCACCAGGGCUCGCACCAGGGUUACCACCACUUCCAGUACCCGAUCCAAAAUUACCCAAACCACCUCCGCUUCCGGUACCAGAUCCAAAAUUACCCCAACCACCUCCACUUCCGAUACCCGAUCCAAAAUUACCCCAACCACCUCCACUUCCGAUACCCGAUCCAAAAUUACCCAACCCACCACCUCUUCCAAUACCUAAACCACCGUUAUAUGUUCAUGGAAAGUAG